CUACCCUAGAUUGCUUGCUCAAAUCAUUCAUUUCAUUUCCUCGAGCCAGCUGGUGCCUUCACAUGGGUCUCCACAGUAGCAAUGUCGCAAAUGUCGUAUUUCAUAUCUAAUGUCGCAGGCAACAUGGCCAUACCCUCCUCAGGCCAGAUGUCCCUCCUUACUGCCAAGCACGACAAGUUCUUCAAUCGCUGUCUCCAGGCAUUACCAGCAAGCCUCCAGUCAGAAGAUUCCAACAAGCUCGCCUUGAUUUAUUUCUGCCUCAAUGGAUUGUCCUUGCUCAAGACUUUGCAAUUCACACCUCAAGAACAGCUCUACCACGCCAAUGUCAUCUACAACGACUUUCUCAUAGACAAUGAUGAGUACACUGCAUUCAGAGCGACUCUGUCGUUUAAGCAUGCCCAAAACUUCGAUCUUGCCAGUCUUUCUGCCACGUACUUUGGCUUGGCUGAUCUCCUUCUUUUGAACAACGAUAUCACUAGCAAGUUGGACCGCCACAAGAUCAUGAGAUUCGUCCAGGCAUGCCAGGUCAAGACAGGUACUGCCAAGGGCUCUUUUGUGCCCACUCUUACCGAUUCCAAUGACCAGUUUGGCGAGACAGACUUGAGAAUCUGCUACAUCGCUGCCUGUAUCCGGCGGUUGUUGAAAUACGACCAAUUGGAAAAGCAGGAACGAGUGUACGAUAUCGACACUGCAUCCUUGCAAGCAUUUAUCAUGGACCGCAUUGCCUACAACGGUGCAUUUAGCUCUAACAUGUUGGAUGAGGGCCACCUAGGGUUCACGUUCUGUGGAUUAGCGUGCUUGAAAUUGUUGGGAUACGACAUCAGCGGCCCACAAUUUGAGGCCACCAAAAACUGGCUUGUCCACCGGCACGUGGAGUAUCCAAAAGAACUCUACACUGAGGCUUAUGAGUAUUACAACCCCGAAAACGACACUGGUGGGUUCAAUGGCCGUGAAAACAAGUUCGCUGAUACAUGCUACUCGUGGUGGUGCACAGCCAGCUUGCGGCUCAUGGACAAGAAUAAUUUGGCGUUACUCGAUCUAGAGUCAGCUAGGGACUACUUAUUGACAAAGACCCAGAACCAGAUUAUGGGAGGCUUUGGCAAGGAUCCUGAUGCGUCCCCUGACCCAUUCCAUGGAUUCUUGGCCAUUGCCAGUCUCUCGAUGUGGGAUAUCCACCAGGACGAACAGGCUGGUACGUUACAACUGAUCGAUGACGAGUUAGUUCUCUCCACAAAGGCGGUCAACUUUAUGGAGAGCCUCCAGUGGGUCCAAUAGACCACGGAAAAUCGGUGUCAUGGCCUGGCUGCAGUGUUAACUCUCUGGGUGGCACUGUGGGCAGCUUAGCAUAAUUAGCAUAGACUUCACGAAUUUAAGGACACCUCGUAACAUUAAUUGUGGUUGUGAUAUGGCCAGCUUACAAUUAUUAGCAUAUAUUUCACCAAUUUCAAGGCAUCUGUAAGACAUUUCGUAGUAAUAAUAGUGCUGCUAUU